AUGGCAACCAUAUCAGAACUAAAAUAUGCUUGUGCUGGAGAGAAAUUACAGGUUCGGAUCUUACGUAAAUGGAAACCACAACCCCGGCACCAUGAAACUUGGUACCUUGCUGUAGACAAAUUUGGAGAUGCUAUACAGAUAUUGGGACAAAGAACAAACCAGGAGUAUAUAGAAGCUGUUCUUGCUGUAGACUGCAAAAAGCACAAUGGUGAAGCCUUUGUUCUUUUGAUACUUGCUGACGAAAGUGGAAAUGAAGUUGUAAUCAACCUAUGGAAAGAAUGUAUUGCCUCUCCUGAAAAGUUCAGUCGUGAUCGCCUAAUACCACCACCUGCAACUACAGUUGCUGCAGUCACAAAUCUAAAAAUUUCAUCCUCAGACGGAAUAUUAAGAUUUGGCUCAUCAAGUGCAACCCAUGCGUAUGUUAACCCACCAGUUCCAAAAACAACACAGCUUAUAAAUUGCUUCAAUGGACCUUCAAGGCCCACUUGUGCCCUAUCUGGAAUUCCAACAACCAUAAACAACAUUGCUGGGAAAACUCGUGACCAGCUUCUGAAAUCUCAUUCAAAGACUACUGGUGCCAAAUAUCACCGCCUCAAUACUGCUUCCCUCUCCUUUCAAACUGACGCAACUCUACUCCAACACCUCUACCUUUUCCCCCAAUAUAGCAAGGUCAAAGAAAUGGUGAAGGAGAAACCGACGAGUACUUUUGGAGCACGGAAGCAGGACUCGGAUGGAUUUGCAGGCACCACGAUUAUAGCUCAAUUUCAGCACUCAUCGUUGUGUAACACCGCCUCCAUCACUUUUGUAUCACUGGCGAACCCUUCCGUCCCUUCAUGUCUUCUCCGAAAACAAAACCAACACAACAUACUUUUUGGGGGAUUAAUGAACUUUGGAAUUGAAGUAUGCAGAUUUGAUGAUUUGUUUUGCACACCAUAUGUUCGAUAA